CCCUUCGACCUCCCGUCGACAACCUCCGCCCAUCUAACCGCAGCUAUGGCCCCUCGCGUUUCCUCCAAGACCUACAAGGUCCCCCGUCGCCCCUUCGAGUCGGCCCGUCUUGAUGCUGAACUCAAGACUGUCGGCGAGUUCGGCCUGCGCAACAAGCGCGAGGUGUGGCGUGUCCAGCUCACCCUCUCUAAGAUCCGUCGUGCUGCUCGUGAGCUCCUCACUCUCGAUGAGAAGGACCCCAAGCGUCUCUUCGAAGGCAACGCCCUCAUUCGCCGUCUUGUCCGCAUCGGUGUGCUCGAUGAGUCCCGCAUGAAGCUCGAUUACGUCCUUGCCCUCAAGGCCGAUGAUUUCCUCGAGCGCCGUCUCCAGACCUGCGUCUACAAGCUUGGCCUCGCCAAGUCUAUCCACCACGCCCGUGUCCUGAUCAAGCAGCGUCACAUCCGCGUCGGAAAGCAGAUCGUCAACGUUCCCUCGUUCAUGGUCCGUCUCGACUCCCAGAAGCACAUCGACUUCUCUCUCACCUCUCCCUUCGGUGGUGGCCGUCCCGGCCGUGUUCGCCGCAAGAAGGCCGCUGCCGCCGCCGGUGGUGAGGAGGCCGAGGAGGAGGAUGAGGAGUAA